UUGCAUUUCCAAAUCGAACCGCCAUUGCAUUGCAUCUACAAAGAAAAAAGGAAAUUCCAGAUCGGAUCUGAGUGAUCUAUAAACUUCAAACGACUGACGUGCAAUCACCAGAAAAUUGUGUGAUAAAUACAAAAAUUACCUGACACCCGAAGCCACAGGAAACCAUGUCGCAGUUCAAUUUUGUAAGCGAUUUGCAAAAUGCGUUGAUCAUGGAUGGGGAGACGCGCGGACCUGCACCGCGCUGGAAGAAGAAGCUGGAGGCGUCUCUUAAUGGAAGCGCGAAUACCACGCGAUCAGUGUUAUCCGUCUCGUAUAACACCAGUUUCUCGGGCGUUCAGGCGCCCACAAAGACCCCGGGAAAGAGCAGCGAGGGCAAGACCAAGAAGUCCACAAUAACACCCACUAAGACGCCCGGAGGCGGAGAUCGCUUCAUCCCGAAUCGGGCGGCCACCAAUUUUGAGUUGGCGCACUUCCUGGUUACCAAGGACUCCGGGGAUAAGUCUGAUGAGGAAAACGAAAAGGCCACAACCAGCAACAGCAACGAGAGCAAUGUUCAGGCUUCGGCUCACAAGGGCGAGAGGCAAAAACUCAUAUCCGAUGUGGCCCAGGUCGGCGACUCAAAAACUGGCCGCAUUUUAUGCUACCAAAACAAGGCUCCAGCUGCUCCGGAAUCGCACAACAAUCCUCUGAAAGUUGUGUACUCCAUAAAGACGCCAAUAUCCACGAAGAGCGGAUCACGCUAUAUACCAACCACAUCCGAAAGAAUUCUCGAUGCACCUGAUUUCAUCAAUGAUUACUAUCUCAACCUUAUGGAUUGGAGUGGCGACAACAUCGUGGCCGUUGCUUUGGGCAGUUGUGUCUAUUUGUGGAACGCUCAGACCGGUAAUAUCGAGCAGCUUACCGAAUUCGAGGAGGGCGACUACGCUGGAUCCCUAUCGUGGAUCCAGGAGGGUCAGAUCCUUGCCAUUGGCAACAGCACCGGGGCUGUGGAACUGUGGGACUGCUCCAAGGUAAAGCGUUUGCGUGUGAUGGAUGGACACAGUGCCCGAGUGGGAUCCCUGGCCUGGAAUUCGUUCCUGGUUUCCUCUGGCAGUCGCGAUGGUACCAUUGUCCAUCACGAUGUGCGUGCGCGGGAACACAAGCUGUCUGCCUUGGCUGGACACUCGCAGGAGGUUUGCGGACUGAAGUGGUCAACGGACUUCAAGUACCUGGCCAGCGGAGGCAAUGACAAUCUGGUGAAUGUGUGGUCUGCGGCCAGCAGUGGCGUGGGAACUGCCAGUGAUCCUCUCCACAAAUUCAACGAUCAUCAGGCUGCCGUGCGUGCUUUGGCCUGGUGUCCCUGGCAGCCGAGUACUUUAGCCUCUGGUGGUGGUACCGCCGAUCGCUGCAUCAAGUUUUGGAAUGUAAGCAAUGGCACCCUAAUGAAAUCAGUGGACUCUAAGUCGCAGGUCUGCUCUUUGCUGUUCUCGCGGCACUACAAGGAGUUGAUAUCAGCUCAUGGAUUUGCUAACAAUCAACUGACCAUUUGGAAAUAUCCAACGAUGGUGAAGCAAGCUGAUUUGACUGGACACACUUCGCGUGUCCUACAGAUGGCCAUGUCUCCGGAUGGCAGCACAGUAAUCAGUGCUGGAGCCGAUGAAACACUGCGCCUAUGGAACUGCUUUGCUCCCGAUCCUCUGGCGGCCAAAAAAGCUGUUUCCAAUAGUAAGGCCAAACAGAGCGUGUUCCGGCAGAGCAUUCGUUAACAGGACUAGGCCCUUAUAGAAGUGAGUUAACUGCCUUUGGGAAUGCAUUAUUUACCCAUUUGAAUGUUAGUUUUUUAAUGAUGUGGUUGAAGAGUGGAGUCUAGACAAAUAUACUUUAAUGCUUUCCCAAUUUAUUAGUUCCCGUUCCAUGUUUCGUAUUUUUGUGAUUAUCGAUAAAUCUUUUCUUUCAAUGUGUAACCCCACCGACGAUAUUUGAAUAAUUAAAUUUUGUCAAAUAAUUUUAUUUCUUAGAGUUAAGUUUGUGUGCGUAUAAAUAAAAUGCUUGACAUUCUGCA